AUGGAUGGUAAAGUCCCAAGAGUAGCUUUAGCCGGUGCCACCGGCAACGUCGGCACAGCCAUCCUCAAGCACCUCGUCGCCGGCCAAUUUCGCGUGACGGUCAUAACCCGCAAGGACAGCGGCAUCGCGCGGGGCGAGUUCACGCCCCCAAAGGCGGGCGACGUGACGGUGCGAACGGUCGACUACUCAUCGGCAGCCGAGCUGACGGACGCGGUGCGCGACCACGACGCCGUCGUCGACGCCACGCGCGGGGGGUCCGAAGACGACACGCUACGCCUCAUCGACGCGGCGGCCGCCGCGGGCGUCUACCGCUUCGUGCCGGCCGAGUACGGGCUCGACCCGCUCAACGAAAAGUGCCGCUCGCUGCUGCCGGCCGCCGUGGCGCCGCGGCCGCGGCAGCUGAAGCACCUCUGGGACCGGUGCGCCGAGAGCGGCAUGACGUGGACGGCGGUGGCGUGCGGGACGUUUCUGGACUGGGCGCUGCGCUGCGGCUUCGCGCGCAUCGACAUCUUCAACCGCAAGGCGACGCUCAUGGACGGCGGCGCCAACGUCACGGCCUGGACCACGCUCGACGACGUGGGCAGGGCCGUCGCCGAGGUGCUGCUGCGCCCGCUCGAGACCGAGAACAGGCCCGUCUACGUGCACUCGGUGCACAAGAGCUGCCGGGAGAUGCUGGACUUGUGCCGCGACGCCUUUGGCACCACGAGCGAGGACUGGACCGUGGACCACGUCGACGGCCGCGCCGAGUUCGAAUCGGCACAGGAGAAGGUCAAGGCGGGCCAAGUGGACGGGCACGUCUUUCGCUCCAUGAUUCUCUACAUGCUCAGCCAGCCGGAAAUGGCGCACCCUUGGCCCAAGAGCGAUAAUGAGCUCCUCAGAGUCAAUGAGAUGUCGGACGCAGAGGUCAUGGAGCUAGUGAGACAUUGCUUCAAGAAAGGGCCACUUUUGAACUUUUGA